AUGACUUUACUGCCCCCGACCCUCGCUCAGUCCACCUUGGGCGAGAAGUGCGCAGUCUAUAUAGACCAGAUCACCGACAUCCUCCCCGUUCACUUACAUUCCCUCCGCCGUCAACUGAAUCCCAUUCUCACUUAUCUGUCCAACACGCCCAUCGGCCCUCUCGCGAAAAAGCUACCAGUUUCCUCCGACGACCAACCCCUCGCCCUCCUUGCAGCUGUUGGUGCCUGUCUACUCACCGUUAUUGUGAUGAGUUGGCGCAACCCCUUAAAAAUGCUACGGCGCUCUCCAAGCUACGCUCCCGCAUCCAAUCCCCAGGUCAGCGACGAGGACUUCAGCUACAUCAGACCUGCAGACGUCGCAGGCACGCCAGUAGAUGACGCUGAACCGGAUAUUAUUGCCCUCCGCCACCGCGGCACCAUCUACCCAUUGCACUUCCGUGCGUACGCGAUCGACGACGGUGUCUUGACCAUCGGAGACCUACGAGAGGCCGCCGCUGAGAGUACAGGAGCCGUCCACCCAGACUGCGUGAGACUCCUGUACAAGGGCAAGCUACUCAAGAACAACGCGCGGACAUGCAAAGCUGAGGGGAUCAAGCAGCACUCCGAGGUGUUAUGCGUGGUGUCUGAAGCAGGGGCGGGUACCCCUAGUGAUGGCUCUGACGAUGGAGAAACCAUCCCUGUAACUGUACAUGCGCCAGCACCGCCGCAGCUGCCUCGCCCUACUAGUGCAGGAGAGGCGUCGUCCCCUCCCACACCCCCAAGUGGAAAAAGCAAGAGGUCGAGAAACAAGAAACGCAAUGGCAAAAAGUCGCCCGUCCGCCCAGAAUCUCCCGGUCCGUCUCGGCCGCCACGGCCUACGUCGUCAGGCCACUCAGGUGUCCCCGCACCCCCGCCCAAUAUUAAGUUGAUGCGUACGCCGCUGGAACAGGUUACUGCUUUGACCAAAUGGUUCGAACAGGAGAUGAAGCCGAUCUGUGAUGAAUACAUUGUGAACCCGCCUAGUGAUCCAAAGAAGCGGGACUAUGAACACAAAAAGCUGGGUGAGACGAUUCUUACACAAAUCCAGAUCAAGGCAGAUGGAAUCGAACCAGAUGGCGAUGAGGUGGCCCGCAGUGCACGAAAGGCUCUCAUCAAGGAUACCCAGGCGACUCUCAAUAGGCUGGAUGCAGCUGCGAAGCUCUAA